GUUCUUUCACACAUCUUGUUGGCACAAAACCAAGAACAGUUGAAUUAAGCAGGGAUAUGUGAUAUGUCAUAUAUAUUCCCAAAUUUGACGUAUUCUUUCAAUUCAGAACGACUUUCCUUCAAUUAAAUCAAUUAAACAUCCCUUUUAAAGUUUUAAUGCAUCAACAGAAGCAGGUUGAUUUGAAGAAAAAAGUUCAGAUUCAACAGCUUGUGGAAGGAAGUACAGAAUGUUUUUCAGUUGAAGAAUUGUGAUUCCGAAUCUGGAUCAUAAUUCAUAUAUCAUACCCAUGUGAAAAAUGACUGGGAAAAUUGAAGAAAUCAAAAAGUCCUUUAUUCAUAAAAUUUUGUCAAUGAAGCUGAACAACGGAGACGAAGGAAAAGUAUUGAAAAAUUCUUUUGAUCCCACAGCUAGCAGGAUUGGUGUGUUGGAUUGCACUAACUUACUAAGUGAUUCAAUGGCAAUUAGUCAUGAUGUUCAAUCCCUCAGGGUGUUUACAGCAACUUGGAAUGUAGCAGGAAAAUCACCUUCUAGUGAUCUCGAUCUUGAUAACCUUCUACAAAUCAAUUGUCAAUCAGAUAUAUACAUUCUUGGUUUUCAGGAAAUAGUCCCAUUAAACGCUGGAAAUGUGUUAGUAAUAGAAGACAACGGUUCUGCAGCAAAAUGGCUCUCGUUGAUUAGUCAAUCUCUCAACAAACAAUCUAAUAAAGAUUAUUACGCAUUAAAUAGAACAAAUACAAAUUCCAAUUCUUUUGAAAGAAAAUCUUCGAUGUUCUUGCAAAGAACAUCACUCAAAUCCGCAAGUAGAUCUUUUAGAUCAGAGAGUCGAAGAAGAUUCAAGAGCUGCAAUUGCACCAUUGUUGAGCCUGAAAGAAAGAGUUAUUAUGGAAGGGAUUCAUGUUUCGCAUGUCAAAAGUCAAAGUCAAACAAUUAUGAUGAUCCCUCUUCAUCAGAAGAAGACGAUACUACCCCUAACAUGGUGGCGCCUGAUGUUACUACCGCUGCACCUCCACCAACUGGAAAGAAUCAACAUUUGAGAUAUUGUCUUAUAAAGAGCAAGCAAAUGGUGGGCAUUUUCGUCACAAUUUGGGUUAAAAAGGAGCUUGUUCCAUAUAUAGGCCACUUGAGAACUUCUUGCAUAAGUCGUGGGAUUUUGGGUUAUCUUGGGAAUAAGGGUUGUAUUUCGGUGAGCAUGACCUUCAAGCAAACAAGCUUUUGCUUCGUAUGUAGUCACUUGGCAUCAGGAGAGAAAGAAGGGGAUGAGCUUCGAAGGAAUUUAGAUGUUAUUGAGAUACUUAAAAGCACACAAUUUCCAAAGAUUUGCAGAACACCCAAUGCUAAGGUGCCAGACAAAAUUUUAGAACAUGACCGAGUCAUUUGGUUAGGUGAUUUAAACUACCGAAUCGCCCUUAGUUACCAUGAAACCAAGAAAUUUUUGGAGCAAAAUGACUGGGAUGCCCUUCUUAAUAAGGAUCAGCUUAAAAUGGAAAGGGAAGCUGGGAGAGUAUUCAAAGGUUGGAAAGAGGGGAAGAUCUUCUUUCCACCAACAUACAAAUACUCCUACAAUUCAGAUUUGUAUGCUGGAGACACCAUAAAAUCAAAGAGCAAAAGAAGAACACCAGCAUGGUGUGAUAGAAUAUUGUGGUAUGGAGAGGGAAUACAUCAGAAGUCAUAUACACGUUGGGAGUCGAGGUUUUCUGACCACAGGCCUGUUUGUUCGACAUUUUUAGUGUUUUUACAUAAUUAAAGGUAAUAAGAAAACUCUUGAGUUUUGAUUAGCUGAUGGACAGACAUAAAGAAGCAUAAUAAUAAUCAAGUAUUAAGUUUCUCUAACUGUACAUAGAAGCAUUCUUGCAAGUAUAAUAUCAGAAGAAGAAGAAGAAAGAAAUGAAGAAAAGAUUGGCUUUCUCCAGUAUCAUCUUUGCAUGAGUUGCAUCUGCAUCUUUUUCAAAGAUUAUGAAGUCAAGAACAAUGGUUUGUUGGAUUAGCCAAAAAAAAUAUAUAUAUCUUUGAUUAUUUAUUACUCUUUAAAUGUUACAAAAAAAUAGUUUAUAUAUGACUUUUAGACGGUGGUGAUCCGUUUUGAAAAUGGUAAACGUUCGUAUACAAGAUUUAUAUAGAUAAUUUUAGUGUCAUAUUUUCAAAA